UUAAAUCCUUUCCUUCCUCCUUUAUUUUGUCUUAACUGUUUCAUUCUUUCUUCAACACCACCAACCAGACAGUGAAUUAUAUGAUAAUAAUUACCAAAUGGCAUUAUAAAAACAUCUAAUAUAUAUAUAUAUACACGUAAGAUUCAGAUCAGUGGGCAAAGGGCACUAGGCCAAUUGGCUGCUUCAUUGACCCUUAUUAUAGUUUAUUAUUAUUGACCUAAAACUAUCCUGCACAAGAAAGCAGCAAGCUUUAUCCAUUAAUUUUUUUUAAUCAAGUCAAUAAGCAAGAUUUUCCUCUCUAUUUAAGUCGCCAUAUUCCUUGCUCCAAACCUAACAACCUCUCUUUCUUUUCUUGCACAGUACUUCUCAAAAUUAUAAUUACCAUGGAAUUGGAAGACAUAAUAAUGAGUCCUAAUGUUUCAGCUCCUUCCCCGAAGCUAGCCAUGCACAGAGAUUCCCAUGUAAUAUCCAAAUUCAAGCCUAAAGUUCGCAUAAUUCACAUAUUUGCACCAGAGAUAAUAAAGACUGAUGUUGCUAAUUUUAGAGAGCUUGUUCAAAGACUCACUGGAAAACCCGGUGAUCAAGAAAGCAACAGCAACAAGAAGAAGAAAAAGAAAGCAAGAAAUAACACUGCAAACUGCAGCAAGAAAGCACUGAUGAUGCAAAAGAAGAACAAGAAAGGUAUGCAGUUGCAAGACAUGUCUCCUACUUUGAUACAAUGUGAAGAGAAACUUAAAAUGGAAGAAGAAAAUGGGAUAUGGGGAAGUAGUACUGAGAGUUCAAGUAGUUUCCUUGAUGGGUUUGCAGAUUUCAAUGGCUUUAUACAUGAUUCCACUGAUAACUUUUCCUUGCCUCCUAAUUCUCUCUUCUCAUCACAUGGAUUUGUUUGAAGACAUGAACCUUGCUUGAUAUAUAUAUAUAUAUAUAUAUAUGGCAAAAGGUUGGGCUCAUUUAAUUUCUUGAUUUUAACUAUGUUGACUUUAGUUACUAUUAUCUAUUUAUCUCAUGUUAGGACACAUAUAGAGGUGCAGGGUAUAUGUGUGGUUGCAAAUUUGGAUGGUUCUGUUCUGUUCUCAGUCUUCUCACAUGUCUUAAUUUCUAGUGAAAAAGGUGUCUGUCACUAGUUCUUAGGGAUUGAUUUCAAGAAAAAAGGGAUUGAGAUACUUAUUAUUUGUCCUUUUUGUGUUUCUGCUUGUGCUGAGUCUCUGACUCACCAUCACUUCUCAUUGAUGUACAAUAUAGACAUGUACAUUUUCUGACCUU